GUAGUUUUUAACAUUGCUAUGUGGAUUAAUAAACGGUGAAGCUGCUGAACAACAUUUCUUCCAUGUGGAUAUUUGUUCUACAAGUGCGGAUAUAAUCGCUUAUUUGACUUUUUUAUUUUUUCAAGGAGCCCAUUUAAUAGAAAGGUGGAGGUGGUGCGUAUGUGAGCAUGAUGUCCUCUUACCUCAAGCAGGGCCCAUAUGCCUGCAUGAACAGCCUGGCCCUGAGCGGGGCCGCCAUGGACCUGCUGCAUCCCUCGGUGGGCUUCCCCGGCAACCCGCGCAAGCAGCGUCGUGAGCGGACCACCUUCACGCGCACGCAGCUGGACGUCUUGGAAUGUUUGUUUGCCAAGACACGGUACCCGGACAUUUUCAUGCGUGAGGAAGUGGCGCUCAAAAUCAAUCUGCCCGAGUCGCGCGUUCAGGUGUGGUUCAAGAACCGCAGGGCUAAGUGUCGUCAACAGCAGCACAGCAACAGUAGCAGUUCCAAAGCCAAACCACAGAAGAAGAAGUCGUCUCCCACCCAAGAAAGCAGUGGUUCCGAGAGCAGUGGCCAGUUCACGCCACCCGCUACUACUUCGAGCUCCUCUUCAUCAUCCUCGUCCAUCACCCUGCCCGUGUCCUCCAUCUGGAGCCCUGCGCCUAUCUCGCCAGCCCCACCACCAGAUCAUAUUGCCCCUACAAUCAAUUCUACCACCGCCUCAUGCAUGCAGCGUAAUGUGUCGUCCACGACCACCGGGGGAACGCCGUCGUACCCAGUGUCUUACAGCCAGACGGCAGCUUACAGUCAAGGUUUCCCGACCACAGCGUCCGGGUCCUACUUUGGAGGCAUGGACUGCGGCUCGUACUUGACGGCGCCCGUGCACGCCCAUCACCACACCCACCAGCUUAGCCCUAUCACAGGACAUGGCCACCACCACAUGGGCCAGACAUCAGGCCACCAUCUCCACCACCACCAUCACCACCAUCCACCGCCUCCACACCCCCACCAAGCGUACACAACCUUUAACUCGGCCGAGUGUUUGGACUACAAGGAGCAGGCCGCCGCAUCGGCCUGGAAGCUCAAUUUUAGUGCUUCGGAGUGUUUGGACUACAAGGAGCAGGCCGCAUGGCGAUUCCAGGUGCUCUGACAGGCGCUCAAAGUCUUAAAUGAAGAAGAUUUGGGAUUCUAGACCGUAACCCGCUAAAGACUUGACUAGGUCUUUCUAUUUCCAGAUGACAAAAGUAUAUACCCGGGUGUCGAAUGAAGACAAAGAAAGAGGAGGAAAAGAAGGAAAGGUCAAGGGCUCUUCAGACUUUAGAAGGUCUACCUGGGGAUUUAAUUUGUCAAAACAUCCAGUGUCAAGGUGACCACACCCACAUCUCUGUAAAACAAGAUGGAAAAAAACAAGUAUUGGAUUUCUCUUCUUCUUGUCCACAACUACAACAGGGCCUAAAUGGUCUUCCUGAAGAACAAACGGUCCUAAGACAAAGCAGGCAUAUUCAUACCUGCCGUUUGGUCAGAACCAAACCAAAAAAGUUCAUGGUGCGCACCUUUUGGUCUGGUGUGAAUAGAAACCAGUGAACUCUGGUGCGGACCAAACAGCUGAUCCGAGACCUCACCGGAAUGGUGGUAUCGGUACGUGGUGAAGUUCGCUAAAGGUGUGAAAGCGACCGCACCGUGAAAUCAUAUACCUUUUUGCACGUAUCAGGCUUCUGUAGCACGAAAAUAUUGUUUGGUUAACAUCACAGUUUGUAGUUAGCAGUAUGUCUGCUAAUAUGAGUUGGGGUUCAACGUAGAGCAAUGAGGAGCGCCAUGUCUACUAUCCUUGUAAAAUGAACGUGGCAAUCAUUAUGAGCACAUUUGCAGUACUCAGGAGCUCUGUGAUUGUUUACUUCCGUAGUUUAGCUUCUUACCCCACCCAAACCGUUUUGUCCAAUGAUUUUGAUUGAAUGAUUUGAACAAUUUUUUGCACAUACUUAGGUUUGUUGUCAAAUCCUAGCCUGGAACUCCAGAGUCACCGCUGUUCCAGCUUUAGAGUCUGGCGACUGUUCAGCAGAUCAAUUUCCCAGGGUGGAGCAAGCCACAGCAAACAGCAGAGUGGACCAAUCAGCGACGAGCAGAUGUGACAUUGGUAAAGCGCCAAGAAACUCUAGCGCGAGGACGUAAACAUACGAGGAGAGCGGAGAAGUUUAUUCAACAUGGCUAGCGCGAGACAGACUGCUGGUUUUAGCGACUCAAUUUGUUUUUGGUCAUUUAAAAAAUUUCCCGUGGAUAGGAACAUAUUCUCGGCUCUCCCGUUCGCCAUCUGUGUUGUUGUGGAAACGACUUCCGACGCACAAGAGUUACGUUGCUCGUUAAGAACACGUCACGCAAAUAAACGAAUCCGAUUGCACGGACGAUUUCAUUCGGGCUCAAGAGGCAAAUUAGGAGCUAGGUCCCAGACUCUAUAGCUGGAAUAGCGGUGAGUCUGCAGUUCCAGGUUAGUCAAAUCCUGUGACGCCUGCUCAAACUGGAAUGUGAAAAACGAACCGUAUCAAAAAAGUCCGGACAAAAUGUCUUUUGGUGCGGACCAAAGAAAGCAAACUAUGGACUUUCCUGGUGUGACUACGCCCUAAGUUAAAGUGACCGUGAAGAAAAACAAGGUUCUUCUAGGCUAUGACAACAACAAUUUCUCCAGUUUCUUCCGAAUGGUCAAGAUACAAGGUGUAUGUGGCAACUUUUCAUGUAAAGAAGAAAAUCCAGUACACUUCUUCCAGUCUUAACCAGGAAGACCUCAAAUCUUGUUGGAGUUACCUUGUUGUAUAAGGAAAAAAGGUCCAGAGACAAAAUUUGUCUAAGUCUGGGGUGAAGAAUAGAAUAGAAUAGACUUUCUUUGUCGUUGAAGAGGAAGAUGACCGAAGAUUCU